AUAUAUUAGAUAGUACAGAUGGAAAUCUUUUAGUUUUAGGGUUUUUACAGUUUUUACAGAUUGCUACUUUACUAGGGGACAGUCUCCAAGGAGGAAAAGCCAAAGGCAAAUUAACAGAAUGGUUAUAA